AUGGCUCCCAAAGAUGACAUUAACACGCAGCCGCCCUGCCAUCCUCGUGCCUGCGCCAUUCAAGACUGCCUGACCAAGAACAAUUACAGCGAAGCCAAAUGCCAAUCUGUGAUCAACGCCCUCUACGAGUGCUGCGACGCGUUCUACUCUAAAUACGGUGAAGAUGCGUCGACAGUCAGCUGUCCCAAGCCCAAACUGCUGCAACUCAAAUUGCAGCAAAUGAGGGAGGGCAAAUGA